GGUCAAUCGAGAAUGUCGCUCUUUAUCUGAUAUGAUUCAACCCUUUGACAAAGAAAAUUUAAUCUUUCAAUCCUGCUUAAUCGUAAAAAUAUUUUCUUUAAAUAUCGUCAGGGUUCGAAUAAUUUAGAAAAACAUUCGUCUAAAAAACGAAAUCGAAGAUUAAAACCAAAUUGGUAAAACCAAACUGCGAACUUUGCGCAGCUCAACGACAGAACGACUUCAGUAGUCUACUCUACUCUCUGUGUUCGUUCGAUUCUGACCAUAACCUCGAGCGAGCAGUUUGAUUGAUAAAAAGUGAUGACAACAUCGCAGUUGCCUGUAACAAAAUGAAAAGGAUGACCGAGGCAAGCAGCGCGGAAUCCCUGAAAACAUCAUGAUAGAUCUGUGAGAGUCAAUUAGUCAGGAGAUAAUGGCCGAUAAAGAAGAAGAUAGAGUGAGUGAGGGUAGCGCGACGACGGGGGCCGAAACACCCGAGGCGACAACCGCGUCGAACGAGGAGACACCUCAAGAACCCGCGUCGAUAGACGCUAAUCUGACCAACAACGAAGCGCCUCCACCCCCUGUUAAAGGCAAAAAAAUUGAAGUUUUGCUCAAAGCCACAGGAGAUGCUCCGAUCAUGAUGAAGAAGAAGUGGGUUGUUAGUCAGGACCAGACGAUUGGAUGGAUUUCGGAGUUUAUCAAGAAGUGCAUUAAGUUGGGAACUGAGGAGAGAUUAUUCUUAUAUAUAAAUCAGACGUUUGCACCAGCUCCGGAUCAAACUGUGAAAAAUCUUUACGAUUGUUAUGGAUCAGAUGGCAAACUGAUUAUUCAUUACUGCAAGAGUCAGGCUUGGGGCUGAAGAGUUACAAUGCCAUACAGGAAGAUAGAUUAUAUUACUUUGAAUUGUUUUUUUUUAUGUGUAAGUCAAGAUUUCUUGAAACAGGAGAAGAGAUCUUUGUGAUAAUUUAUGUUGUUGUAUAUUAUAUCUUUUUUCAAGUCGCAUACAAGUGAACGCUUUAGUAAUAUAUUGAAUUUCCGGUGAUGGAAAUGAUUAAAAUAAUUUUGCUUUAGUUUGUAUUUAAGACUCAAGUACAUACCAUCUACAAGAUACAAAGUUUUUUAUAUUUUAGAGAAAAUAUAAUGAUUAAAGUAAUACAUGUACAUA